AUGACCCUAAAGCCAGAUGAAUCUUCUUUUUCACCGGAUGCAGUCGCGAUCCAGGCCGGCGAUGUAAUUGCCGUGCCGCAUCUGAUUGGGGACAUGCUCCCAUAUCGGGACCUCCGAAUGGAUGAGCAUCAUCGUCUACAUCUGCUGCGAAUCGCUCGCCUUCUUGUUCAGGCCUUAGAGACCCCACGGGAGACUAUGAUUCGACUAUGUUGGGCAGAGCCAACCCUAUACGGGGCGAUCCUGGCCGCGAUCGACUGUGGAAUUUUUUCCUACAUGAGCGAGGCCCCGAACGGGCCCGUACCGGUCGAAUAUCUUGCUCGGGUCACUGAGACGGAUCCAGUUCUAACCAGUCGGCUCAUGAAACAUCUUUCGGCAAUGGGCAUAUUCCGAGAGAGCGCACCGGACCUCUAUCUUGCCACGAAUUUAUCCAAAGCACUGGCUCUCUCCAAAUACGCUGGUGGCUUUACUUGCAUGGCGGAAGGGGCCAUGAAAGCGAUUUAUAAGCUUCCGGAAUUUUUUCGAUCUACUCGAUAUCGCAACCCGGAUGAGGCCACUGCAGGUCCUUUUCAGUUCGCCUAUGGAACUUCUCAGCACUGGUUCGAAUGGGUGUCAGAUCGUCCGGCAACUUUACAGCAGUUCAACGAGCACAUGAGCGCAUAUCAUCAAGGUCGACCAAGUUGGAUGGAUCGCGACUUUUAUCCUGUGGAGAAUGACCUUCUCAACUUCGUGAAACCUGAUCCGAAUGCCGUCCUCGUGGUAGAUAUCGGCGGUGGAUUCGGCCAUGACCUACAAGAAUUCCAUCAAAAGCAUCCGUCCGCCCCGGGAAGACUGAUCGUGCAAGAUAGGGCCGAUGUAAUUCAACAGGUUUCUAACCAACUGGGAAAAGUUGAGUUCAUGGCUCACGACUUUUUUACUGAACAACCUAUUAAAGGUGCUAGAGCGUAUUAUCUUCAUUCGGUCCUACAUGAUUGGCCUGAUGCAGAGUGCAAGCGUAUUCUACGACACAUCUCGGACGCAAUGGCUCUCGGAUACAGCAAACUACUCAUCAACGAGAACGUUGUGCCUGACGAGAAGGCGGACUGGCAGAUUACUGGGUUGGAUUUGAUGUUGAUGACCCUUGCUUCUGCUCGGGAACGACGAGAAAGUGAAUGGCGGCAACUUCUUACGGAUGCAGGAUUUAAGAUUGUCGGUCAAUCCCGCCCAGAUGACCUUUUGUGGAAAGAAGAGGACCCCUCUACGAGAUACCUCUUGUCUCAUAAGUUCAAUCAGGCAGGUGCAGGAUGGAUCGGUUUCGAAAACCGCCAAGGACUCCGCACAGUGUUUGUCAAAGUCGUCAAGGCCAACAGUCACCAGAAAAUGCAAUUCCACAAAACUGAUCAUAUCAACCUCAUCAACUUACAAGAGGUAUUUCAUUCAAAGAAUGUCACGUACCUGAUUUACGACUUUGAUCGCUGCGAUCUACCACUGUCGAUGGUCCAUGCCAGUCCAAAUGUCAAAUUCACCGAAGUUGACAUCGCUAUCGUCUGUCAUCAAGUCCUUAGCGGUCUUCGGUAUAUCCAUGAAAACCUCAAGAUCAGCCAUGGAUCCAUCAAACUUUCAGACCUCGUGCUAACCAAUAUUGGACAAAGCAUGCUACAAGGCAAGUCAUUGGAGAACAAAAGAGGAGAUUUACAAGGAGUUGCGCUGGUUUUGAUCCAUUUGAAAAACCCCCACACGAUUCUGGAAGAUGGAAGAAUGCAUAUCAACAAUCCAAGAGACGUGUCGCGUGAAGCUCGCGAGUUCGUCGAGAUGACCAAGAGCGCCACCUAUCGAGAAUUAUUUCAAUGCGAUUUUCUCCUGAAAGCCCCUCCGGAACCAGCAGCGUGGUGUUUAAAGCCUCAUAACCUGACUGCAUUUCCGUUCGCUGAACGCUGUGAUACAUACAAUGAGAAAAAUGUGCGUCAAUAUCUUCGGUUUUUCAAAACCGGUCAAUAUUCGCGAGAAGACCCAUUGCAUACGAUUGCAGUAACCAUAGGGUCGGAGAUCCUAGUUAACGCGGUCUCACAACAUGGCAUUGAUGUGAACAUACUAUACGAUCCACGAACGCCCCCGCUUCUCACUCUCGAGCAAGAUAUUCAAUUGCCAUGUCUCCAGGGGCGGGAUCUUCUGGAAGCUGCUAAACGCUCUCUGGGCUUUGGAGAGAAGUGGUGGGUUGUCCGUCUCUAUUCAGAAGAUAUUCCAACGCACCUCAAGCGGUACUUAAAUGAGAGCUAUCCGCUGUCAUAUCAAUCUGCAGAUUCUGAGAUACUUCAGUCCUUGUGGUCCCAAGAUAACCCAAGCGUCGUGGAAUGGAAAGCAAAAACCGGCACAAGUUACACGUAUGUCAGACGCGUUUACGAGAACCACGAACUGCGAUAUGCGAUUGGUGCAUUACUUCCAUACACCGGGCUAUGGAAUUCAUUUACACUCCGCAAGCUAGACUAUGAAAUGGCACACUAUUUACAGAAGGUUUAUGGACAAUGGUCGAUCCUUGAAGCAUCUAUCGUCGAUCCGACGUCCGUCAAUCUGAUCGAGGGUAUGAUGCCUUCAUAUUCCAUCAGUGACCGGAGUCACAUUCGUUCAUUGAUGGACGAUGGUACUUUGUUUCCACGACUGGUGAAUGAUUCCGAGCGAAUCAAGGUCAGGGAUCACUUCUUAGCGGUGAAAGGAAGAGUUCUAUCAUUAAAACUUUUCUUCUCUGACGCCUCGCUCAUCAAGCGAAUUGCGCAGCCACUAUGGCAGUUUUCAGGCAAAGAAUCCGAGAGAACGUUACGCCAAGCAUUACUUGGCUCGUGGGACCAAAUACCGGGCGAAGCUAUAACGGUUCAAAAUACUGAAUUCUACUUCGACAAGAUCUCCCUUGAUAGAGUAGUUUCCGAACUAGGACACCGGCACGCAGCCUGGACAUCAUACUUGCAACUCUGGAUGUCUGCAUUCCGUCAUUUCAUCGAUCCGCGACGAGGAAGGGAGGGAGAAGAGCCUGGUGUACAGCCCUUGUUGGACAUUCAAGGAAAAGCAGAAUUUGAAUUUACAGCCAAUAAAUUGGGAUUUAACAAGCGAUUUCCACGUUCCGCACGAUACCCUGUUUUUCAAUACAUAUCCAAAACAUUGGCGAACAGCGAUUCUGUGGACUCCGAAAGAGUAAGCAAUGUCAGAAACAAGUUUGUCCAGGUCUUUCCAGAAUCCCAAGAUAUCAGCCGCUCAAGGAAAUCUCACCCUGAAUGGAGCACUGAUGUCGAGGAGAGAAAGGCCACGUCUCGAGCUGGGAGGCCUGAAAUCAAGGAAUAUCGAAAGGUUCGCCAAUACUUCUAUUUGCAAAUUAUCGGUAAUGAUGAUGAGUCGCUCAAGUCAUACCCAACGGCCACUGCCGUUAUGAGGGAGAUGUUCUUCGACUUUUUUGGAAGAUUCAGGCUGGAAUCAAUUUCGAGUCCUGUAGAGAUGGAGCUUCAUCCGACUGACUCGCCAUCUGUUUAUUCAGUCAGCACUGAAUUGGCUGAACCGACUCCCGAACUUAUCUUGGAAACAGCCGUUAACGAGACCCCAACUUUGGCAACGCAAUCCCUGAUACCGAUGAAUAACGUCAUUAUAGAAUCCACACCGCCGAAAGCAGUGGGCUUUGAGGACGAUGAGGACAUAGGCCCACUUGCAGAAUUGUGUUAUAUUUCGCAUCACCGCGGAAGCCGUGAGAUAAUCCAGACGUGGUACUACAGCCAUGAUCCAGACCUGGUAGUGCUAUUCUUGUUUGAUCGAAGAGCUUUCUAUAAAUUUCGACGAGACUCUAGUAAGGAGCUCAGAGACCGAGUCCACUAUUUGGCGCAGGAAAAUUACUUUUGUGCAAUCUGCGAUGAUGUAAGAUCUAUACCAUACGAGGAGACUGUCGCAGAGCUGUUGAAGUAUAGUCUUUUGUUGGUUGGAUCCAUAGACGGCCCUACAAGGACUAUAGGUCGUGAAGGAGGGUUGACUCGGAAGGAUCUUGAACAAUAUGUUGUCAGUUUUGAUCCUAAGACAGGAAAAAGAAGGCUGGCUUCGGUAGAUCAUACAAAUGUAUAG